AUGCCUGAGAACGAACGACGGUUAGUAUCGACACUGACCAGGCCCAGCGCUGUCCCGCCGUUGGGCCCGUCUGACACGGAUGCAUUGGCACCCUCUGCAUCUGGGCGUGGCCAGAAAACCGCCAAACCUGGAAGGCGACGACGCGCCGCUGAAUCGACAAACGCACCCAAGAACCAACACUUUUACUUUGUUGAUCAGAACUCGUCAUCUAAAGAAAAGCGCGCUCAUGUUAUGCGCCACCAUGUACAGGAAAAAAGGAAACAACGCAAAAUGUCACGCGGGACACUUCCCACAGAGCAUACCCCAGAUUAUACCUCAUAUCCGGCGAAGAAAGAGGCAGGCACUGUCGAACAGACGCGACUGGAGUCGCCUUCGACAGCUGCGCAACCCCUCCCAAACGGGGAAACUUCGCUACAAAUCAGAUUCUCGAAUCUGAAAUCACAACCUCAUACAUCCAUGCUACAACACAUUGGCUCGCCAAUCACGGUACUCGAUGCUUCGCGAAGGGAUCCGUUUGCCAGUCUCCCAAUCGAAUAUGACACCCUAGAUAUUGAAUUGGCUGACUAUUGGAGGAACAAGUUGACAUACUGGUCCGGGCAAAACCUUCACGUGAAAAACCAGAUUUUCCGCACUGCUAUGGGGAGCGUUCUUUCAUUCAAGGCAGUAGUCCUGUCAUACUGCGCGCGGUGGAAAGCACAACUGUACGGCGUGUCGGACAGCACCGAAAUUCAGCGCCAUGUUGGUCAAGCUGCGAAAAUGAUCGAUGACGCUACCUCAGGCUUGACGCUUGUCAGGGUGGAUGAUCUUGCAAUGGCCUUGGGGGGAAUGGCCUUGCACGAAGGGCGCUUCGGGAGCAAGCAACUGGCCCACACGUAUGUUGAUCGGGCGGUCCAGAUCAUGCGACCGAGAACAGGAACCAACAGGCCGGUGGAAGUAUUUAUCCACUACAUCCGAUACCUUAUGAUGCCAGAAUACCCCCAGAUCAGUUUGACCGAGCAGCAAUGGCUGCUCACUUUUCUGCGCGGAGCUGAAGACCUCAUGCGACAACAUAGCUCCCCCGAAUACAUACUCCAAGCACCACACAGACUCAAGACUUUCGAGAUGGAAAGUCCUCUAUUCUCCCUGCUGUCUAGUGGACCGCGGCCCUCUCAAGUGCCGCAUGAGUCGCGCGUAUAUGUGGUCCGCGAUGCGCAAACCCAAGAGGUCAGCCGUACGGCGGCGCUCAUUUACAUCACGGCUGCAUUGUGGGAUUUCCAGGAGUCCCCAAACAAGACUGACCGAUUCCUUCGCUUUUUAUGUACGGCGGUGAAACAGCACCAUCUCGACCGAGAUCCAGCUUGCGAAACCCUUUUGUGGGUGUUGCUGGAGGAAGGACAUGAUUCCGAUCUACAAGAUCCCGAACGUGGAUGGUCCACUGGCGAGCUGCUCCAGGCACACAAACGGCUACGGCCGGAGCUCCAGUUUCAGUUUAAUGAGAUUCUCAUGAGUUUCUUAUCUUUUCAGAGACCUAUUCGUGGGGUCACUACAUUUGAAGAGGACCUUCGACAUAGUCCAAAUAUUUCUCAAUGA